GAGAAGUUAUCUGAGCUCAGAGCACCCACAAAUCACUUUGUCACCAGCAAGCUCUGACAGGCAGCAGCAGAGAGGCAACACAAGGGCAGAAAGACAGUCAAAAAGAGGUGUGAGCUGAGAGUUGAGUCAGUGGAGACUCAAAGGCGAAGUUGUGAAGAAGCUGAGAAGGCAUAAACGAGUUGAUACCAAUGGGUGGAUAGAGAAGAGAGAAGAUCUCCAAGGGGCUCAGGCUAAGAGGGACCGUUGCUCCUGCUACUGCUGUGGUUACAGCUGCUCUGUCCGGAUGGUACUCUCAUGUACAGAGAAGGUGUGUCAGACUUUAAACUCUCUAACAUGAGGAUGGUGUUCCCUUGAGACAAAGACUUGAAACUUCUGAUUGCAGACUUGCUUGGGUUGUUGUCAUUUCAGCCGUGGUACAUGGAAAGCUGCAGUGUUACAUUAUGUUUGAGAAUGAAAGGACAGAUGAAGAGACAGCUGCUCCGCUGGUGAAGCAGGCAUGACUUGGAGGUAUUAAAAGCCAUUUCUGGUGUACUGCACAGAGAUCACAUGCUAUUACUGGUUAAAAGCGGUAGUCACAGUUUAGAGCAUUAAAUGUUUGUCACAUGUUUUUCUGUUGAGGGUAGAGAAGUUUGCGACUGAUCUUGAAUAAGUUUUUUUUAGUACAACACUAUAGUUUCUUUGCCUUCCACUGUGAUACUUGAUUAGCUUUGGGCUGAUUCAAAGCUCUUAAGAGCCUUCUGGCCUGAAAAGGAAACCAGAGGUCAUCUGAUCACACUUCAGAAACAAAGAAAUAAGAAAGUCAUUUUUCUUCUUGAAGUGCAGCACAUCACAGAGCUAUUUGGAGGCUUUUUGAAAGGGCAUAUUCCACAUUAAAUCUAUACAUUAUAGUCUUAAAUUUAUCAGUAAAAAUACCUUGGGGUUUGAGCAGGGCAGGGAGCAGUGUCAGGUUAAAAGCCUGCAAAGCGGAGCUCUACCAGUCAUCAUUUUGCUGGUUGUUCACCAUUUGCCUGACUUGCCUCGGGGGACAUGUAAUGAGACACUGCUUGCUGAGCGAUACAGCGCUGAGUUGACUUGUGGAGGUGUAUAAACUUGCUCUGAAUAAGACAGUAUUCAGGUUAAUGUUGCUGGUGAAAGCUUGAAAACAUCUCAAUCACAAGCUGGAUGAUUUGAGUGCUGUCGUAUUGUUCUGGAAGGAUGGAUGCUGAAGAGGCGUUGUGAGUCUCUGUUUGCCUUCGUGCUUGGAUGGGCUUUUUUUAGCAUUUGACAGCUCUACUCUGGACUCCCUUCAGAGUGCGGGACGUCAUUGGAUUACCUGUGUGGCUGAGUCAGAGGCUCGAUGUUUGCAUGCUGGGAUUCUCUCCACCUGCUUCUAAAGACACACAAGAGUUAGGUGGUUUUCCCUGCAGUAGCGACAGCUGCUGCAUCCAUAGUUGUGAAUUUUCAGGACUCUCCACACUGCUGCAGUUGUUCUGUUGUGUGUAAACACUUGCGUCAGUCACACCUUUCCACGGAGUGAUUCACUGUUCCCUAAGCAUCUUCGACUGGAGGCAGGCAGUCAAAGAAAAGGUGAGGGGAGAAUUUGCUGAGAUUCAAACUGUACAAGUGGUUGAACUGUAAGGUUGUCAGUAUGAAGCUGGGCUUCCUGCUACUGAUGGCAGGCUACAUGUUGGGCAAUGUAAGUGGAAUGUCCACAUGUAAGACUGUGGACAUGGAGAUGGUGAAGAAGAAGCGCAUUGAGGCCAUUAGGAGUCAGAUCCUCAGCAAGCUGCGUUUGCCAAAAGCUCCUGAGCCAGAUGAAUCUGGAGACAAGGAGGCAAUUCCCACCGACUUGCUCUCACUCUACAACAGCACCAAGGACAUGCUGACAGAGCAGGAGGCUGAGAUCCAGAAGCCCACGGAACAGGUGGAAGAGGAGUACUUUGCCAAAGUGGUACACCAGUUCAACAUGACCAAAAAAAAUGUCACUGACAACUCCAGAACAAUGUACUUCAACAUCUCGGCGAUAAGGAGCAGUGUGGGUGAUUACCGCCUGCUGACCAGUGCAGACCUGCGGCUGCUCAUCAAGAGCCCUUCAAUCCCUGACAAGCAGCGAGUGGAGCUGUACUAUAGCACAAAAACCUCGGUCCACUACCAUGCCUCCCACUUCAUAAGCAACAUUAUGAGAGAUAAAUGGAUUUCUUUUGAUGUCACUAAACCCCUGCGGACCUGGCUUGAGGAUUCAGAGGAUGAACAAAGCUUCCAGCUUCGUGUGUUCUGUGAAUGCGGCGAGCCUGUCAGCAACUUUCAAUUUUUCAUCUCUGGGAUAACGAAUGGUCGCGGAGACACAGCAACUAUGAACGCAAUGACUGAAAAACAUCCUUACAUCCUCACCAUGUCCAUCCCUCAAAACAUGAGCAGUCACCUCAACUCACGCAAGAAACGCUCCACAACUUCAGCCCCGACAGAGAACUGCUCUGUGAAACCUUUGUACAUAAACUUCAGGAAGGAUCUGGGCUGGAAGUGGAUACAUCAGCCCACAGGCUACUAUGCCAACUACUGCAUGGGAUCCUGCACCUUUAUCUGGAAUGCUGAAAACAAAUAUUCUCAGAUUUUGGCUCUGUACCAGCAUCACAACCCGGGAGCCUCUGCCCAGCCGUGCUGUGUUCCCCAGACGCUGCAGUCACUACCAAUCAUCUAUUAUGUGGGCAGGCAACACAAGGUGGAAAACCUUUCCAAUAUGAUUGUGUCUUCCUGCAAAUGUAGCUAAAACUCCAACACAGCCUCUGCCCUGCUUCCUCUAAAAACAAGCUGCCAUGGAUGAAGUUACCUUUGAUACUACAGAGACUAGCAUCUAAUAAGAAAAACAGAUGAUGUGGACAAUGUGAAACAGAAUAUUUUCAGUGGUCCCCCUGCAAGCUUUUCUCCUGCAUGCUCUGCUAUUACCACAGUGGACAAACAUCAAACUGUGGACAUCUUUACAUAGACAUUGUAGAUUUUUUUUUUUUUUUUUUUUUGUAUAUACUUUUCCUUGCAGUGAUAAAAACAACAGCCGUUAAUAAAUUAAUUUAUUUGUUUGAUGGACAGAUGUGAAAGUAUUUCAGUCUAAAAUGGAGACAGGAUGAGGAUGAUUUGUUCCAUUCAAAAAAGGAGGACUAAAAAAAGCACAAAAGGACCAAAAUAACCUUGAUGGAACAACUUCUGUUUUCAGAGACGGGGCAUUUCCAUUUGUCACAACAGCUUCCAAAGGAAGCGAUAGUAAAGGGUGCUUCAUCCCAGGUGGAAAAGGUGGUUGUUGGGGUUUUCCUGGAAGAUAAUGCUGCAGGUGUUCUGAAACUACAUCGUAAAAAAAAAAAAAAAAAAACGUAGGGAUAGUCCGAUCCAGGGAAACUCCCUCUGACUUCUCAGCUGACAGAACAUUUCACAGAAACCAUCCAUCAUUUUUUUUUUUUUUUGUUUUGGUGUUUGUUUUGAAAGCCAUGUGCCAAUUCUGUCAGCAUGUUUGUGUUGAUAUCUGAAUGUCAGACUGUCCUUGAAGCUUCAGGCUAAAGUAAAAUAAGAGGUUGUGCGAGUGAAGACACCAUGUUGUUUUCUAUGUCGAGCAUGUUGGCUGUAAGGGUCAGGGAGAUGUGCCGGGGUUUGUCUCCUGGAGGCCAUUCAGCCAUUUUUUUCACCGCCAUAGCAAAUUAUUGCCUUUUUUGAGCAACUUUGAAGAAAAAGCUUUUUUUUUUUUCUUUUUAAUGAUUAAAUUUUUAUUACAUGGUUUCUUUUGAAUAAUAAAGCAACACAGUUUUUCAGCUUUUCAUAUUUUUAUAGUGCACUUACUAUUGGAAAUUUGUGUUUGUACAUAUAAAAAUUUGAAAUAAACGUGUUAAAUUAUGUCUUCA